AGAACGCGUUAAUCCAGGAAGUGCAUUUUGUAAAUUUGCUGGUCAGCUGUAACUUUAGAGCAGCCUAAUUUCACCGGCAAUGUUUUUUAAACGAGAUCAUAUCUGGAACUAAGAAGAGGAGUCUUCUUUUGUGUGACAAUUUGAAUGACACAAUGGAGGAGAAAAACAAGAAACGUAAAAGCCCAAGACCGCCUUCCACCCAGCAGCCUCCCCCGAUCACUGCACGCAAAACUACGACGUCCAACAGUAGAUCAUUAGGCGUCAGUGGCAUGGGGACCCACUCAAGUCAGAGGACAAAAUAUCGCAGGGGAGUGAGAGAUAAACCCAGGCCUCAAAGUCAGUCGGGCAAAAGUAACCAGUCGGCCCCCAUCCAGCACUCCUUCCUUACAGAUGUGUCUGAUGUACAGGAGAUGGAGAAGGGUUUACUCGGCCUCCUUAAUGACUUCCACUCUGGAAAAUUACAAGCUUUUGGUAAUGAGUGUUCCAUCGAUCAGAUGGAGCAUGUGCGAGAAAUGCAGGAAACACUGGCUCGCCUUCAAUUUGAUCUGUAUGGAGAAGUGGAUGAGAUGCCGGAGGACCAGAAAAAGUCAGCUUAUGACACCAACAUGGAUAAACUGUUAUCAAAUCUGGAAGAGUUGAGCUCCUCAAUACAAAAGCUAAACCUUGCUGACAGUCAAGAUGUCCCCAGAACUUCCAGCGUGUGAACUAUAAAGGUUUUAAAGUAUAUACCACGGAGCAUACAGUGUUCAUAUCUACCACAGAAUCACUAUGAUGAGAUGGCAGUAUUAUAGUCCUGUAUCUUUGACACUGUGGAACUUAAACCUAUAGAAUUGGUCAGCUUGGCUUGAUUCCACUCUAUAGUUUUAGAGAUACAAUAUCAAAGAAAAAAUCCAAGCAAUCAUGAUGAAUUGCACACCUGAUUUGGUGUCUUUCUUAUCGGAUCAUUUGAUAUUGUUACCAUAAGAAAUGUUUCUCAAGAUAAUGUUUUCUUACAUUGUGAGAUCUAAUUAAUUAUGUCUUAAAUGUUGCAUUUGAGUUGUACAAUAACAGCACCUGCAUUAUCACUAAUUCACUUUAACUUGGGACGGUCUGGGUUUUUCUUUAGGGCUCAGUUUGUUUUCUUAACCAAGUCAGGUCUGAAGGCAAUCCAUAGAAAGAUAAUGGCUGUUUUCAUCAAGAUGUCAAUUCCUCAAGACUACUGAGACUUCGAAAUGAAAGUGAAAUUACAUUACUUAUAUAUUUUGCUGUUAUAGUCAUAUAGUUACACAUUUUUAUUUAAAUCAAUGAAAUGUAAAGUGUAAACUACUGCUGGUACUUGUUGAUUGUCUAACUAUUUAAUCAAACACAUUGUAAUGUCAAAUUGGAUGACCAGUAAGGUAUGAUCCACAUCUUAUUUUUCCAUUUAAGUAGGCUGCAUAUGCUAAGAUUAUCUCUAUGCAUGCAUGUCAUAAAGAAUAUGCAUCAGCUGAUGAAAGAAACAUGGCUUUCGCUUUUAUAUAUAAAUAACAAUAACAUGAUGCUUGUUUUUGUCCGGAACUAUUCAGUGUUUUAAGAAUUAAAACAAAACAGUGACUUCAUAAUACCAUGAUGAACAUGUUUUUAAUCUGAUUUGAAAGCUGUUUUGAUAUUUUUUCUGGGAUUUUUUUUUUUUUGUCCCCACAAAUUGUGGUGUAACUGUCCGGAGACUAAAAAUAAGUAAAUAAAGU